UCACUAUCCUAUCAUAUAGGUGACAAUUAAAAAGAACUAAAGAAAAAAAAAUCACCACCCUUCUUAAGCACAACAUCAUACACGAACCUCAAAUUUGUCAGGCUUGUUAUUGUUUCAUUACAACGCCAACCACGCCUCAAUUCGAAGUGAGUAGAAAUUUGAUAUAUGAAUUUUCACAGUUCAUAUUGCUUCAUUUAAACUCAUCUCAUUCUUUGUUGCUUCAGUACGUAGUUGAAUCACGUAAUCAUGCAAGGGGCACUGUCACUAAUGGAACUUCCCUCAAAUCUAUCACCAGAUGAGGCAAGUCCGGAAUGGAUGAACAAAGGUGACAACGCGUGGCAGCUCACAGCUGCCACUCUAGUCGGGCUCCAAUGUGUGCCCGGCUUAGUCAUCCUCUAUGGUGGUAUGGUAAAGAAGAAAUGGGCAAUUAACUCCGCAUUCAUGGCACUCUAUGCCUUUGCUUCCGUUCUCAUAUGUUGGGUUGGAUGGGGCUACCGGAUGUCAUUCGGUGACAAGCUCGUGGCCUUCUGGGGAAAACCAUCCGUCGCUUUGGAUGAGAAGUACCUUCUUGGACAAGCGUUUCUGGGAUACUUUCCCACGGCAACAAUGGUGUUUUUUCAAUUCGUUUUCGCAGCCAUUACGCCAAUAUUGAUCGCUGGGGCGCUUCUUGGGAGGAUGAAUUUUAUAGCUUGGAUGUUGUUCGUGCCUUUGUGGCAUACUUUUUCGUAUACUAUUGGGGCAUUUAGCAUUUGGUGCCCAGAUGGCUGGCUGUCCAAGCUAGGAGUGAUUGAUUUUGCAGGAGGCUUUGUUAUUCAUCUCUCUUCUGGUGUUGCUGGAUUUACUGCGGCUUAUUGGGUAGGUCCCAGGCUGGACAAAGACAGAGAGAGGUUUCCACCAAACAACAUUCUCAUGAUGUUAGCCGGCGCCGGCCUUCUAUGGAUGGGUUGGACUGGGUUCAAUGGAGGAGCACCUUAUACGGCCAGCACCGACGCCUCCUUAGCCAUCUUGAAUACGCAUGUCUGCACUGCCACCAGCCUCCUUACUUGGCUGGUCCUAGACAUUGCUGUUUCUGGCAAACCCUCUGUGAUUGGAGCUGUUAAUGGCAUGAUCACUGGCCUUGUUUGCAUCACCCCUGGAGCAGGAGUUGUUCAAAGUUGGGCGGCCAUCCUGAUGGGCUUAAUUUCAGGAAGUGUUCCAUGGUACACAAUGACAAUCCUUCACAAGAAGGUCAAGCUUUUAAGGCACGUUGAUGACAUCUUAUCUGUCUUCCAUACCCAUGCCCUAGCCGGAAUUUUAGGUGGUAUCCUCACUGGAAUUUUCGCUGUGCCAAAGCUCUGUCGGCUAUUUUACCUCAUACCUGAAUGGGAAAGGUACAUCGGUCUAGCCUAUGGUUUGCAGACAGGUCGGACCUCAGCUGGGCUACGGCAAAUGGGAGCUCAACUAGCUGGAAUCGGAUUCAUAAUAUGUCUAAAUAUAGUCACGACAAGCUUGGUCUGUCUGUUCAUCAAGUUGAUUGUGCCUCUUAGGUUGGAAGAAGGUGUGUUGCAAAUUGGAGAUGACGCUAUCCAUGGAGAGGAAGCAUAUGUAUUAUGGGAUGAUGAAGAGAAAUAUGAGAAUAAACAGGUUAAUUCUGCAUAUGGUGCUGAUGAGUACCCAUCAGUUGUUUCAAGGACUCUCAGUGAACUCCAAAUGGUAUGAAAGUGUUCUCUAUGGCUAGGUUGCACUAUACUUUGCUGCUAGCCUGUGCAAAACUUUUAUGACUUCAUUAGCCGAAGCAUGUUUGUAAAGAAAGUCUGGCUUUCUUAGCAGAGAGAUGAGACUCAACUAGUUAUUAUUUGGUAGAACUGCGUGUCAUUUUUCUUCCAAAAUAUUGCAAGGACCAAAUUAGACUUCAUACUUUGGGAGCACAGAAUAAACAGGAGAAACCGAGACAGUGAUGGUGAAAUUGUCCGAACGGUAACAAUAUUGUGGUCACUAUUGAUCAAUCAUUUAGAAAACCAAAAUAUGAAGUACGAAUUCAUUCCUCAAAAUAUAAAAAGUUUGAACAAACAAAAGGGCCUUUUGUUAGACUCCAUUCUAGAUAAAAAUUGUCCAAUUAAAGAGAGAUGGAAACUUUAACCAAGCAUUCACAUCUCACUCUUGUAAAAUACUAAAAGUCUUCCCUUGAUCUCAAGUUAU